AUGGCGCUGCUCGUCGUGGCCCUCCUGACCCCGACCUGCAGCGCCUACUGGCCCACCCUCCAGGGCAACAGCGCGCGACAGGGCCGCCUGUCCUACCCCUACAUCAGGACCCCGCCCCCGUCCGACUCCUUUCGCAAGUGGAGCGCCAAUCUCUCUUCCCCGGACUACCUCGACCUCGACCUCCCGCCCUACACCUUCGGAACGCCGGCAGUGGACAGCAACGGGACGGUCUACGCGACGUACGCGACCUCGGUUGCUCCCCUCUACUCGGGCAUCGUCGCCAUCUUCCCCGACGGCACCAAGCGCUGGAUUCUGGGCCUCGACACGAGCACGGGCCUGGUGGCCAAGGGCAGCGUCACGUUGAGCGAGGACGAGAAGCUGCUGUACGUGGUGGCCUCGAAUUCGGUGGCCAAAGCGGUCUUCUACGCGCUCUACACGGACUCGGGCACCGAGGCCUGGCGCUACACGGCCUCGUUCUCGCUCCAGGGCAUCAGCGAACCGGUCGUCUACGAGUCGGCCGUCGUGAUGGGCGACUCCAGGCAACUGUACUACUUUGCUGAUGGGACCAGGCCACAGCUCACCUGGAAGUACAAUUACUACAUCCAGGCCAACAACACCGAGAAUGUAUACCGCGUGGCGCCAUCGAUUUCGCUGUACAACGCGGACAUCAUCUUCACAUGCGAGCGAAAGUAUAUCUUGUCUCUCUUCAUCGACGAUGCCACCCUCAAGUGGGUCACGCCCCUCACCUGCAACAACACCCUCGGUUGCGACAUGACGGGAAAUGCGGCUUCAAUCGGCGAUGAUGGCACCAUCUUCGUGCCUGCGCUGGAUAAAUACAACGUGACGACAUUGUUGGUCAACGAGACUACGAACGAGACGACCACCAUCGACACGCCCCACAGCGACUUCUAUCUCUUCACCAUCAACGCCGGCGGCCGCGUGCGGCACCGACUGAAGCUCUCCUCGACCACCGAAGGGAUCGGCAUGUGGCAGAUCCCGGCCGUCAGCGUCAACAGCCAGUACGUCUACGUGGGCGGGUACCAGCCCGAGGCCAACCUGUGGCGGGUCAACAUCCAAUUGCAGAAUUUCACGAGCGUGCUGCAGCUCAACGGCAACGCGUCAUCGCCACCAAUCGCGACCGCCGGCGGUCGCGGCUACGUCGUCGACUCCACAUCAGAUCUGUACGCGUACAAUGCGGUGGACGCGAUCGAUAGCUGGACGACCCCGUUCGGCGACCAGCACUACUAUUCGAGCAUGGCCUUCGGCGAAGACGGCACCAUCUUCAUCAGCGACUCCACCAGCGGCGGACUCUUUGCCUACGGCUGUCCGACGGGUACGCAAGUGGGGUCGAGCGGUGCGUGCGUGCCGUGUCCGGCCGGCACCUACUUCGUCACCGAUGGCCGCGCGCUCUGUCCCCAGUGUCCCAAGGGCAAGGUGUCGGAUGGCGGGGGUGAUGUGAGUUCGUGCCAAUUCUGUCCGUCGGACUCGAUUCCGAGCGCCGAUCAGACCAAGUGCGUGGAGUGUCCGGCGGGAUCGCAGCCCAGUUUUGACCUCACCUCGUGCACCGCCUCCACCCCCACCACCACGAGCGGCUCCGCCCAUCGAUCACGUAGCGCGCUGAGCCUGUUCUUCUCCUCCGCCUUCUUCUCUGCCUGA